AUGGUUAAUCUAGCACCGAUGAACCUCAUUAACUCAGUAUCGGAUUUCCCAACAGCACCAACACUAACAGGAGCGUCCAAUUCAGCAUCAAACGAUACCACAAUCAUUGAUACAAGUAGCGGUACAACAAUUGAUACUUUCGAUCAAUCAAGAACUACUAAUACCAGCAUCACUCAUCAUCAUUAUCAUCAACCAUUGGGUGAUGAAGUAACGUAUGUCACUAAUAGUAACAAUUUAGCUGUAUCCGCAACGGCUACAACAACAUCCACACUUAAAACAACAACUAUAGCUGCAACAACGGAAGUUGGCUUUUUAACAAGUGAAGCAGAGGGUAGCGUUGAAACGGUGGUAGUUCGGUCAAGUGAUAUCAGUGGUAGUGACGAAACACAACAGCAAAGCCUCAUGGAUGCCUAUCCAAUAGGACAAGUGACAUCAACGUACUUAAGUUAUUACGAUAUCAAUGCACUAAAAGCACUGAACGUGUUGUAG